UUUGAACAAUUUAAAAGCGCCUUAUAUGGUCUUGCGCUACCAUGUGUACCUAACACUUACUAAGUUAUACCUUUGCUCCAUAAAUGAAACUUGUCAAUUUGAAGUCCAUUCCAUUGAUAUGAAUCGAAAACGUUUUGCAUAGUCAGUAAAGUAUGAUGACAAAGAAGAAAAGUAGUUCAUCGGUUAUCCUUGAACUGAAAGAAUUAGUUGAUUAUAUCAAUAACACUAUUCCUGAUGUCCCAGGAAAACAACGUCUAGUUAGAAUGUGUCAAAAAGAGAUGACCCAUUUUGAGUCGCUGCCGUCUGACUUAGCCGACGAUUCAGCUGUUUGUUCCAAUUUGCCAUAUUUCAAAGCGAUAACAACAAUCGCCAAUUCUUAUGGUAAUCGUCUUGUGGAUUUAUUAUGUCGUUAUCGUCUACCGUUGGAAUCAACUGUCAACAGUAGUAAUCAUGUACAGCAGUUUGAUGAUGAUGAUGAUGAUAGUAAUCAUAGUAAUGGUGUCAGUUCUCUUAAUGCGAUUCAUUCAAAUAGUAAUGAUUAUUUAUUACGGUGCGAGAAACAAGACUCUCUGCUCGUUGAUUUAAUAUGUACACAAUCAGAUGAAGGUAUCGAUGAUUUUUCAAGAUCUAGAACUUGUUAUGGUAAUGCAGCUGAAGCUAGUCUAUGGGCUCCUGCUUUGUGGAUUAAAGUUGUGACUCGUGAUUCAUCUCGUCUUAAUAAUGCUUGGCGAGGUGAAGCUUCUUCAAAACAUGUCGCUUGUUUAGGACGUCAAGCGGAAGAAUUAAUCCUAGCAUCUCACUGGUAUCAACGAGGUCAACCUCAAUAUUGGAUUCGUGUAAUUGUACAUUGGCUACCACAUGGAUCUUUCUGUACUGAAAUCAAUGAUAUAGAUUCAGAUUUACGUGAAUAUCUUCAGAACAUUGGUGUGACAUUACUUACUGGUUCCGAUCCAUGGAUUAAUAACUGUGAUAUUCCUGCUAUAAUUUUUCAAAGUCCAAAAUAUACUAUAUCCCUUAGAAAUUUAAUCUUACCUGUAUAUAAAUUCAAGAAAUUUUUAAAUAGUAUUACUGAAUACCAUAAUACGUCCGGUGGUUUCAAACAAUUUAAAUUUGAAGCUAUAGAAAAGAUACUGUCAUUGUUGAAUAGAUUGUCCAAAACAGUUAAUCACGAAGAACAGAUAGCCAGUAUUCUUACUGAUGAAAUGUUAUUGUUUGAUGUGGAUGAUUCAUCGAAUUCCUUCAAAAUUACUUAUCCAAUGGAUGCAGUUUUACAGAAAUGUGCAUUAUGGCCAUUUCUACUAGAUUCUUAUAGUCGUGUAGAUGAAGUGAAUCGUAUAAAUUUGGAUGUUUCAGCUUUAAUUGCUUUUGUCUCUGAACUGUCUCAAUUCAAUCCAACAUAUUCUCCCACUGAUCAAUUGGUGUCAAUCGACAAUAAUGAUAAUCAUGCCGAAGUUGUAUCUGAUAAAAUUCUCGAAUGUUUACAAUCAGUAGAAAGACGUACACAAUUACUAUUGAAUCAUCCUCCACUGAAACCAGGAAAAUUCGAAUGGUUAAUAGAAUCUGAAGCUGAAGUACCAGUACUUCUAUCGAUGGAUAAAUAUCUUCGAGGCAAAGUACCCGUUGUAUGCUUAAGCGCUGUUCAUUCAUUUUUAAAUAUUCUUGCCUUAAUAUCUGGACCAAGUGAAUGGAAACGUGGAAUUCAAUUAAUUAGUCACCUAGUUAUAUUACCUGAUUUAAAUCCCACAGGUGAAAUAAUUUCACCAUUUAGUAAAACAAAACAAUCUAAAAAUUCGAAUUAUUUAUUAACUCAAAAAAUAGAGUUUUAAACCUAUGGAUCAUUAUUUGAAUGUCACACAGUCGAAUCAUUGUAUCUGGGAUAUUUCCUACACAAACGUAUCAUGGAAGUUGGCAAUGUAUUAGAAGCGCUGACAAUAACAUCCAAUGCUGGUUUCUUAAGAUCUAUUCGUAAAUCAAACCUUAGAUAUUCGGCAUUGUUGCUGCCUGCUCGUGCUUUAACAGAAACCACUCCACGUAAUGUUGAAUCAUCUACAUGAAUUGGAUUAAAUUGACCAGAACAAUUUCCACUCGAUUUUCUCUGUUUUCUGUCCAUGUUAUCUAAAAAGAAGUCUAUUUUCAUUAUGUCAAUCAACAUGUUUUUUCAAGAAUAACGUCUGUGUAUCCUUUAUUUUGUUCAUAUCUGGCAGUGAGUAACUUGCUCUUUUUGAGAAAGGAUGUUUUGCGAUCAGUAAUUAGCAUUUAAUGGGGCUUGUGUUCAAAUAACAAAAGAUACCCAUUCCAUCAAAGGUCUUUCUAAUGCUUGUUAUUAUCAUUGUCAGAUUAUUUUAAUCUAGAGAUCUAUUAUUCGUUAUUCUCAUACUCGUCUUAUAAACUAGUUUCUUUUAUAUAUUUUAAACUUUGCUUUUGUAUAACACAACCUCUUCUAAAUCCUAAAACUAUAUUCCUCUUUCAAUUUAAUAGACUCUCGUUUAUUUUGUUAACGACAAAUACAGUUGUGGUGUUUGAAUGAACUAAUGACUCCUUUGUACUUGUUGAAUGCUUGAUUUCAAAUUCUAAAUACAAUAUAUUCCUUAGUGCUUG